GACGAAGCUUGCGAAGACGCUUUUUUUCUGUAGUCUACAAAAUGGCGACUUUUGAGGGAGACUGGAGAUUCUUCAUCGCGCAUUGUUUUGCAGUUUGUGUCCUGUUUCUUCCGAAUGCCUCAGAGAGCAUCAAUGUGGCCAACUGCUCGCUGAGCGGCUGUGAGAAUGGCGGCACGUGCAUGCAGAUGCCCAACUCGGAUAUCUUCUCCUGUCUCUGUCUCCCGGAAUGGACGGGAGAUCUCUGCGUAACCAAAGUCCAAUCUGGACCAGGCUGCAGCAGUAAUCCAUGCAACAAUGGAGGGACCUGCCAAAACUUCAUGGACCACUACGUGUGUCUCUGCGACUUCUUUUGGAAGGGGAGGCACUGCCAGACGUUCGAUCACAAAGGUUUUGAGGAUUCACCACCCAUUACGACCCCCUGCAGUCUUCAAGAAUAUCGGUGCGGCGACGGGCAUUGUGUCAUCAAGAAAUACGUCUGUGAUGGCACAGAAGACUGUGUAGACGGAAGCGACGAGAAAUAUUGCAGUUCCAUGAUGCCGGGCACAGUGUGUCCUGAGGGACAGUUCCAUUGUGGUGACGGGAGUUGUAUACCCCAGGAACGACGCUGCAAUCAGGUGCAGGACUGCGCACGAGGAGACGAUGAACAUAACUGUGGAGCCUCUUCCACAGCCCGUAUCCCCUCUGAUGGCCCAGGCGCAGGCAUCCCACUCCAUCCAGUGGAAUCCAAUCUCAAUCUUAUUGAUAUUCUGAUUGUUUCAUGUGCGAUGCUCAUGACCUUCAUGGCCGUCACCAUAUUCGUCUACGUGCGCCGGGUCCGGCGCAUGCAGCAGCGGUACUUCGCAGCCGUCGGUCACCCGCACCACCUCCACCACCACCACCAUCACCACGGCCGGAGGCGGAGACGAAGCCGGUCGCGGCAGGCGGGGCGCAUCUCCGACGGCACUGGCGACAGCAUGGAUGCGGUAGCCACGCCUUAUCGGCUAUCCCAGCAUUCAAACUUCUGCCAUCACCUCCCGCCUCACCGGUGCCCCGCUCGGACCAACCUCCUGGUGUCCUACAACUUACACAAUGGCGUCCACAUCCCAAGUCCGUCAAACACUUCGGACAAAGAGGAAGAAAUUGAGGAUGAGGUUCCACCAACGUAUAUGGAAGUCGUUGGUGCUGGAAUGACGGCAGCUGGUGUUGUCACCAUGCAGGGGGAUGAAACUCCACCCCCAGCAUAUGAGGACCUGAAUGUGGGGGAAGUUUUGUGAACAUGCUGCAGCCUCAAGUUGGAACCAGAGACACAGUUUCACAAGUACUGUGUUUUCUGGCAAGAAAGGGAAAUCUUUUUGUACGAGACAGUAAAAAUCAUUGCCAAACUGGAGAAAGGCAAGUGUGAGAGAAAAUAAGGCAGUGCCUAAUAUUACAGAGCGCCCCCUUUUGUCUUUGGAAGUUCAAUUGAACUGAAAGCCAGAAAUUUGUGAUGGUGCCCUCUGUUGAGUGAGCAAAGGACAGCUUUCACCAAAGCCUUUUUGGGAGAAAAAGCAAUAAAUGAGAAUGAGUACCUUGUCGUGUGCAUGGUGUGGUGAAGUAUUGGUGAUUGGAGCUUGGAAACGGUUACCAGUUGCAGGUCAGCGUACCAGUGAAGAAUGCUGUAAAUGUUUUUUUGUGUGGAAUGUGUACGUGAACAGCUUAGAAGGAUGCACAAAUGAGUCGUCAAUUGGCCCAAAAUCCUGCCGUCAUUUGCCGGAAACGCCUGAUUCGGUCGGUUAUCAUCGCCAAUCAGGUGUAGUCAAAGAUUGUGGCUACCAGCGGUGCAUGUUACUUCAGCCAUGUGAUCUGCGAAAAAACAUCUUAUGGCAGUUGUGUAUGUCGAAAAUAAAGUCUUCACGUAAUUGCUUCCUACAUGUUUAUGCAUAUUUGUACGAAUAUGUUUUGGGACCAUUCAUACCUAAAUCCAUACAGUACGUAAUACAAUUUUUUGAUGUGUUACUUUGUAUGGAGCAUACACAUGUAGAGAAAACAUAUCAAGCCUACUUAUAUGUAUUGAGUAGGCAGUAUUGUUUUAAUCAGUCAUUGAAGUCAACAACAUGAUUAAUGUGUACAAGUUGUUCACAAUGCAAAUUAGAUUUUUCCCCCUCAUUAAGUACAUGCAUAGGUAUGCAGGAAUGAAUGUCAUUUCCAUUAAUCAUGCAGAAUUUUUUGGGA